GACCUAGUCACGUGGUACAUCAAGCAUCUUUACUAACACGUUGAAGUUGAAACGGUGAAGUCAAGUUCCAGUUUCUCUCCAAAAUGAAGCUCUUGGUAGUUCUCCUGCCGCUUUUGGGUCUAGCACUAUGUGACCCAACUGUAUACUUCUCAGAAAAAUUCGAAGAUGACAGCUUUGAGUCAAGAUGGAUCCCCUCUGAGAGCAAGGGAGCUGAUGCUGGGAAGUUUGUUCUCAGUGCUGGCAAAUUCUACGGAGAUGCAGAAAAAGACAAAGGUAUCCAGACCAGUCAGGAUGCCAAAUUCUAUGGACUCUCAGCCAAAUUUGAUAAAUUCUCCAAUGAGGGCAAAACCCUUGUUAUUCAAUUCACAGUCAAACAUGAACAGAACAUUGACUGUGGAGGUGGAUACGCCAAAAUCUUCUCAAGUGAUCUUAAUCCUAAAGAAAUGCAUGGUGAAUCUCCAUACAACAUUAUGUUUGGCCCAGAUAUUUGUGGACCAGGAACCAAGAAAGUUCACGUGAUCUUCAGCUACAAGGGAAAGAACCUUCUCACCAAAAAAGACAUCAGAUGCAAAGAUGAUGUCUACACUCACUUGUAUACACUCAUUCUGCGCGCUGACAACACAUAUGAGGUGAAAAUCGACAAUGAGAAGGUUGAGAGUGGAGAAUUGGAGGCAGACUGGGACUUUUUGGCACCUAAGAAAAUCAAGGAUCCUGAAGCCAAGAAACCAGAAGACUGGGAUGAGAGAGAGAACAUUGAUGACCCAGAGGACACAAAACCAGAAGACUGGGAUAAACCAGAGCAUAUUGCUGACCCAGAUGCCAAGAAGCCUGAUGACUGGGAUGAUGAUAUGGAUGGUGAAUGGGAACCACCAAUGAUUGACAACCCUGAAUACCAAGGAGAAUGGAAACCCAAGCAGAUUGAUAACCCAGCAUACAAAGGCAAAUGGAUCCACCCAGAGAUCGAUAACCCAGACUAUGUUGCUGAUGAUAAACUUUACCUUUAUGAAGACUUUGGUGCUAUUGGAUUCGAUUUAUGGCAGGUAAAAUCAGGUACUAUCUUCGACAACAUUCUUAUCACAGAUGAUGAAGAUUAUGCAAAAGAACAAGGACAGGAAACCUGGGGCAAAACUAAAGAUGCAGAGAAAGAAAUGAAAGACAAACAAGAUGAAGAAGAAAGAAAACAGAGAGAAGAGGAGGAGGCCAAGAGGAAAGAGGAAGAAGGUGAAGAUGCUGAGGAGGGAGAUGAGGAUGAUAUGGGAGAGAUUGAUGAGGAUGAAGAUGAAGAACCAGAAGAAGAAGGAGAUAUAGAUCACGACGAAUUAUAGAUUAUCAAAAACCACCUAACAUCAAUACAUUAUCAUCUUACGGCGUCAAGCAGACAUUAUUCAUAAUCAUCAUCCAAAGCCAGAAUGGCAUCAUCUCAAUGCUCACAAUCAUGAUCUAUAUUGUAUUUAAAGAAGGAACACAGAAUUUAAUCCAUGUGGGACAAAUAUCAAGGACAUUGUUUUCUCGUUUGUUUUGGAUUCUGUGUUUUAGUGUGUGUGUGUUGGCUCUAUGCUGGGCAUCUCAUAGAGCUUAUUGAAGCAUUCCGCUAUUGCGAGAGGCCCAAUUUUCUUCAUGUGAUAUUUCUCACAUGGAGAGUUCAUGUUUUUCAUCAGUUAAGAUUCUCAAUUUUUUCUUUAUGAUACUAUUGGAAACAGUAUUUUCUCUGCCUGUUCAAUUGCUAGUCAGAAUGUUUAUUGGCUAAAAUUGUUUCCAAUUUAGCACCAUCAUAAGACUGGUUAAGUUUUAGUUGUAUCAUGUGUAAAUUAUGAUAGAAAUUGAAUAAUUUAUGCGAUUUUACUUAUUGUGAUGAAAAGUUCUUACUUGCACUGUCAUAUGGGGACUUUUGUAUUUGGGGAUUCCGGGCCAAUUUCUGGGGCACGUGUCCAUGGCUCAAUAUUAGGACUUAAUGUACAGACUUAUUGUUACAGAGAAAAUUACAAAAAUACAAGUACUUGCAAUAAAACAGUGAAGUACAAUUAUUAAAAAA